AUGGUGGUUGUUUGCUUGCUGUCAGUGGAGAGGGAGAGUGACGGGGGAAGUUUUAAGGAUCAAUGCACUUCAUGGAGGCAGAGUGGCUCACCAACGACGUGCUUUGUGGUGGUUUCGACAAGCUCUAGUUUGAAGUGUAGGAGAGGCAUGGUUUCCUGUGGAUUUUAUGGGCAAGGAGAAGGGCAUCCUCACGAUAUGCCCUACCCUCCGCCGAGUAGUUUGGAGGAUUUCAUUAGAGUUGAAGAUUCAUUCGGGAUGCCACCUUAUACUCAAUACCAAUCGUCGAGUAAUCCGGAAGAGUUGAGGCAAGAAACGCCUCCCGCAUCGAUGACACCAAAUAGUGUAGAAUCUGAAAAUGAAGCAAAUCCAGGAUUUUGUCAUGAUGAUGAUGAAAUGUUCUUCGACAUAAAUGAAGAUUUAGAGGGUACCACUGUUAUCCCGGAUGAUGAGGUACAAGUUGAACCACCAAGAUCCAGUAUGGAGUUUGACAGUGAGAAAGAGCUUAUUGCCUACUAUAAGCAGUAUGCCAAGCAAGAGGGUUUUUGUGUAAGGACACAGAGGACUAAAAGAGAUGAUGAGGGGAGGCCUGUGUAUGUGACCAUUUGUUGUGCCCAUGGCGGAAAGUACUAUCCUAAGCCAAACACUAAUAUGUCAAAGCCACGGGCAACAACUAAAACGGGUUGUAAAGCGAAGGUAAAUGCAACGUUGAACAAUAAUGAGAAAUGGGUUUUCACCACUGUUGAAAAUUCCCACAACCAUAUUACUGUGAGCCCCAAGAAAAGUAGACUAUUGCGAUCGCACAAGCAUCUAGAUGAAUACAGUCAAAGAAUCCUCGAGCUGAAUGAUAGAGCCGGUAUACGAAUGAAUAAGAAUUUUUAUUCUCUUGUUGUUGACACGGGGGUUUAUGAUAAUUUGGCUUUUCAAGAGAAAGAUUGUAGGAAUUUCAUUGACAAAGCUAGAUAUUUAAGGUUGGGUAAAGGAGGUAGCGAUGCACUUAAUGAGUAUUUCAAAAGAAUGAGAGAUAAGAAUGAUAGUUUUGUUUCCUACAUGGACGUGGAUGAUGAUGGAAGGCUACGGAAUGUGUUUUGGGCUGAUGCACGGAGUCGAGCCGCCUAUGAGUAUUUUGGAGACGUUGUAUCCUUCGAUACAACGUACCUAACAAACAGGUACGGUAUGCCGUUUGCUCCAUUCGUUGGUGUUAACCAUCAUGGCCAGUCCAUACUAUUCGGGGCGGGAUUGCUAUCAAGCGAGGACACUCAUAGUUUUGUUUGGUUAUUCCGAAUGUGGUUGGAUUGCAUGAAGGGUAGGGCGCCGAAAGCUAUCAUAACCGACCAAGAUCGAGCGAUGAAGAAUGCGAUUGCUAUUGUAUUUCCUGAAACUCGCCAUAGAUAUUGUUUAUGGCAUAUAAUGCGCAAACUGCCAGAGAAGUUAGGAUCGCACGCCAAAUUCAACUAUGCGUUGAAGACUGACAUUCAGUCUUCAUUAUAUGAUUCACAGACCACCAUUGAAUUUGAGGAGAGCUAA